UCUAAGUGUAAUGACAUAUUAAGCGGAAAACCGCAAAAACGCUAAAAUUAGCGGCCCGCUCGAAAACCGCCUGCAAUGCAAUGUUAAUGUUCAAUGACAUAUUUCGUUCCCGCCGGCCGCUGCGAUCGGCGGCAAAAUUCAGACCGCGUCUUGUCGGCGGGAAAGCGGUUUGCGUUUUGCGGUUUGAGUGGGGGAAACAUACACAAACUAACGCCUGGUGACAAAUAGUUGUCUACUGAACCGCUGCGGGUUGCGAUUUGUAGUGUGUUUCGUGAUUUCGUCGAGGAGUCUGCAGAAUCAUGUCCACAGAAAACCUCAUUGAGCUCGUUGAGAUGCAUCCUUCCAUUUGGAACAAAAGUUGUGAGCAGUACAAAGACAGAUACGAAAAAGAAAAGGCUUGGAUCGAGAUCGCCCGAAGGAUCUUCCAAGAUUGGGAUACACUUGGGAAGAAAGAGAGGAAUAAAAAAUUGGAUGCGUUGAAGAAGAAAUGGAAGAACAUCAAGGAUUCAUUAAAAAAAUAUUUAGAUACAAGAAGCGGGGAUGCUGCAAAAAAAAAGAAAUAUGUACACCUUGAGGCCCUGAGUUUCCUCCAAAACUCUGCUGAAAAAAGAAGCACAACGGGCAAUUUCGACUCAGACACUUCAGAGGAAGAGGGCCACAACGAAUCUGACAUAGCCACAACUUCAGCGUUAUCACUAUCAGAAUCCCAUUCACCCAUUUCAUCCCCACACCCAGAAAACUCAUCAACUCCAAAACAACAUUCUUUUAGAAAGCCUAGUCGACCUGCCAAGAUGACUCCUUUUCAAGAAUCCCUUAUAAAAAAUCUCAGUCAGGCAUCAUCAUCGAUUACCCAAGCCAGAGUUGACGAAGAUGCAGAUCGUUUGUACCUACUUUCUUUACUUCCGGAUUACAAAGCGUUAUCUCCGCAGCAAAAGUGGGCAUUCCGUGAACACGUAGGAUACUUUUUCCGUCAAACUUUCGUACCUCCUACAUCUACGCCUCCUCCGUCAUUCCAAAACUACCAAACCACUUCAACACAUUGUCCUCAAUACUCCUAUCAAGAACACAGUUCACUACCUUUCUCUCACAACAUAACCCAACUUCAGAAACCCCCACAGCCACCGCAAACCUAUCAAACAUCAUCUUGUAACAUAGCACAAGAAUCCACUCAAGUCACAUUCUCUCCCAGUUCGUCUUCCCAAUCACAGUAACGAUAUUACUAUAUUAAGUUGUAUUAUCAAGUAUUUUGUUCACUUUUGAUUUUUUUACAAAUAAACUCGAGUUAUGAUUAUUAUUGAUUAUUUGAGUGUAAUUUAAAACAUUAUUUAUAUAAUAUUUAAAAUAAAUAAGAAGUUAUAUAUAUGUUUGGUUACCUGAGU